CAAAAGUUAAUUAAUUCACACUCAUUCUUCUGUGAUUUCCUUUAACUCUAACUCUAACUCUAACUCUGUAUAGCCAGAAAGAAAGAAAGAAGGAAAUGGUUAUCACAACCUUCAACGGAACCGGCGUUGGAUUUGGUUUCGGCAUAGGUUGCGGUUUCGGUAUAGGAUGGGGUUUCGGAGGUAUGCCAUUGAACUUAUUGGGUCUUGGUGCAGGUGGAGGCUGUGGCGUUGGAGUAGGACUUGGUUGGGGGUUUGGUGCUGCCUUUGGUAGCAAGUAUCGGUCCUCACGGGUCACAUUUCAAGGAGUGGAUUUUGAUAGGAAGGAGAAAGUUAACAGCACGGAGUUGUCAAAACCCAGCACCGAAGUUGCCCAACAUAAAUCCAACAAAGACUGUUGGCUGGUGAUCAAUGGCAGAGUGUUGGACGUGACAAAGUUCUUGGAGGAACACCCGGGAGGAGAAGAGGUGAUUCUAGAGGUAGCUGGGAAGGAUGCGACCAAAGAGUUUGACGUUAUUGGACACAGCAAAGCAGCACAAAAUAUGGUCCUAAAGUACCAAGUGGGUGUCCUCCAAGGUGCCACAGUUCAAGAGGUAGACUUGAAGGAUGUUGUGGACAAGGAAUCCAACACCAAAGAGAUGAGUGCCUUCGUGAUCAAAGAGGGUGCAAGGUCUAAGUCCCUUGCUUUUUACGAGUUCUUUGUUCCACUUCUUGUAGCUGGUCUAUAUUUUGGUUACCGAUGCCUCACUUAUUAGCUCAUCUUAUAAUUGAGACUCGCUGUCUGAAUGUUUAUUGUAUAUUUAUAUUCGCUUUUAAUUGAGACUUGAGUGUGUGAUUGUUUUACUCAUUUUCUACUUUCCAAUACACUUUCAACGCAAAUCUGUCUUUAUGGUUAUUGACGUUUAACUUGAA